AUGUCCUUCAUGUGCAGGGAGUCGGCGUGUGAGGGAUUAGAGCGGCAGGCGGCGUCAAAAGACCGACACAUCAAGACGCUAGAACGAAGGCGAGCACAAAGGCAAAAGAGCCCUCUAUCUGUUCCUUUAUCCCGUCUUCUCCCCACCUUCCAGAGUGUCAGAGCUGUCGUCUGAGGUCCACUGUCACACUCAUGACCCGUGAGCAUACAUACACUCACCCUCCCACCGCCCUCCAAACACUGUUCUCUGUGUGUCUCAGUGUGUUGUUGGAGAAGAUCCACACGUUGGAGGUGGAGGUGUCGGCCAAGCAGGAGUACAUCGACCAGCUCGAGCAGACUGCCAAGAAGGGCAACGUGCUCCUCUGGGAGAAGGCUACCAACUUAGAAAAGGAGUGCCAGGCCAAGGCCACCUACAUUGACCAGGUCGAACAGGCGCUAGACGUCACCAGCAGGGACACCGACAGCCUCCGAAAGUAAGUGUAUGCUCCCAGGCCUGCAUGGUCAUGGCGCUCAUAUCUCUUCGUGUCUUCUGCAGGCACAUAGAGGAGUUGCAGCUGAUGAUCGAGCGCUAUCGGCAUGCACACCCAUCACUUGGCGGCACUGAAGUGCCUGCACUCCCGCCACCAGCUAGCGGGUAGCACAACACAAGAGCAUCCAUACAAGGCACAUUGCCAAGGUUUUGUCCCCCUCUCUACGCAGCACUGCGAGUGGAUUUCGCUCUCUGCCUCCGUCUCUGCCCCUCUCCCGUGACCGCGCUCGCUCAUCAGAUGCGAUUGCUCGCAAGUCUCGCAUCCCUGUCGGCUACGGAAGCCAGAAGGGCUCACCCACAAUGGGCAGCACACUGCGGCCGAGGGAUGAUGUAGAGGAGGGCGGCAGCGUCACGAGGGUGGAAGUGGGACACGACGAGGCGGUAGGGGGAUCAGGUAGCUAUCAUCCACGGCGACAUCUGUCCGUCUGUGUGUUCAGGGCUACACGCGUAUCCAGGUAGACGCGAGGGUCAGUUCCAACUCGUCCACAUCGAGCCCCCACCACUCGUCCUCCCGGCCGGCAUCGCCCCCGCCCCCCAUGCCCACGACAGACACCAAGAGUCUGCUGUUCCAGAACCUGACCACCAUGUCAAGGCACCGCACCAAGGGAACAGAUGCACUACCCGCACACGUCAGGGACACCUGAGAGAGAGGGAGUGGAAGAGUGAAAUACCGACGACAUAUCUGAUUGUGUCAUUGCGUCUCGGUUGCAGGAGCCUCGUCUUGCAUCUCCUGCUGUGUUGCGCGACGCCCCAUUCAAUACCCGUAUCGGUGGCAGCGAGAGGCCCAAGUCCAGCCACGCUGUCGGCAGCCCACCCAAACCACUCGAGUACGACGAGAGACAGGCAAAUUCUUCCCUCCGCCUCUAGUGACAUCGUGUCUACUCCCCGUGUGUCAGUGGUACCAAGCUGCCCGAAGGCUCCUUGUCCUUCACUCCAUCGAAGGAGUGCGUCACCAGCAGUGGUGGGAGGGCCGAGGGCAACGGGUUGCCGGGCGGCAGGAGCAACGAUCGCGUGUCUUCCUUCAGCAGCCCCACAUGGGAUGACGGCAACAGGGGGCGGGAUCUAGACGGACGGGCAGGUGGGCGGGGCAGCCCUCUCGACGCGGCAUCAUGCAGAAAGGUGAGUAGAGGCACGACACACGAUCCGGAGCAUCAUGUUGUUCACUGCUGUGUGUGUGCAAUUGCAGGAGGUGACGGACAAGAUAGCUCGUAUUCGUGAGGUGAUGGAGCGGACUGAGGAGAGGAGCCCCACGCGCCACUCCCCCGUCCAUCCCUCGCUGCCUGUCCCCCGUGUGGCCAGCCCGCCCAAUGUGCAGCGCGGGAAGCAACGCAGCAAUGAGGGCAAGAUGUGAAAUGGACAGGCGGGCUUGAGACUCAUCGAUGAUCGUACAUGAUUGCUUACAAAAUCCUCG